CUGAGAGAAUCCCACUUUGCUUUCUCUUUACCCUUUUUCUCACUAUAUUCCUUUUCUCAUUUUUAACCAACCAACUUGCCUUCUCUUCCAAACCCAGUUGCCUUUGAAGGUUCCAUGGGCACAUCUCGCGAUUACCUUUCUCUGAAGUCCUUGUCAAGCAAAAUCAUAGGCAGGCUAUGCCAUUGUGGUUUUGACAGUAAGUAUAGUAGGUUGGAUGCAAAGCUUGAAAGGAAAAUGAGAGACGAAAAACGUAAGAGAUCAGGACAGAUCAGGUUCAAUUCAAGUGAAAGCAUAUUUUCGUGGUUCCCUAAGUUCAGAGAGGGAUUGAAAAGUAUCAAAGGUGUAUUUGAACAAUAUGAUGAAGACUCUAGUGGAGUUAUCGACCGUGACGAACUUAAAAAAUGCUUAGAGAAACUUAAUCUCCAUAAGGAGGAGAAAGAGAUUGAUGAACUAUUCAAUUCUUGUGACAUUGAUGGGAGCAAGGGAAUACAAUUCACCGAGUUUAUUGUCUUCCUGUGUCUCAUUUAUCUCUUAAUGAUACCCUCCUCCUCUUCUUUUAUGGUGGGUUCGACAGAGCUCAAGGAGACUUUCGAUAGAAUAGUAGAUGCAUUCUUGUUUCUCGAUAAGAAUGGUGAUGGAAAGCUGAAUAAGAAAGACGUGGAUAAGUCUUUAAAUGAGUUUUACCCCUGGGAGAAAUCACCUGGAAAUAUCUCGAAGAAUCCAUUCAUGGAGAUGGACCAGGACAGGAAUGGGAAGGUUGGCUUCAGAGAAUUUCUCUUUGCUUUGAUCAAAUGGGUUGGCAUUGAUGAUAGCACUGGAGAGAUGGACUCAGAUGAAGAAAUUAGUGACGGAGAGUAAAAGCAAAUGCCCAACAAGAAGAAAACAAUCUGAAACAAAUCCCAGUGUUACCUUAAACUGUUGUUGUCUUUAUGUAAUUUAUAUACUUUCUUUUCAUAACUGUAGAAACUUGAAACAUUCAAUAAAUUGAAUUGUCAACUUAGUGAUGAUUAUUUUA